GCCCUCAGGGCUUCAGUGUCAGUCAGCUUCUGUUGAAAGUUUGAAACAACAUUUUGAUACACGUCUGUGUAUAGUGAUAAUGGAUUAACCUCGCAUUUCAGCCACAUUGGAACCAAAGCCCAUCAGAGCAGCUCCACCAACUCAAACCAAACCCAGGAAAUACGGCGACGAGCGGAAAAUUUUGGAGACAACUAAUGCAGGACCUCAUCGCCCAUCAAUCCAAAGAGGAGGGAAGUGGUACAAGGAGAUGUUCAAAGAAUUACAUUCAAAUGCAGGAACCUCCUCGAAUCUGUCGGGGUUACUCGCUAGUGAUGUCGCCAAGGGAACAGUGAGAGAGUACGAAGGCGGUUCUGGUUCUUCAACGCCACCAAGGAGCGCGUCUCCGUCUCCUGACUACAGAGACAAUGAUGUGUUUUCAAGGAGGACAGAUUAUGUCAAUGAAGUUCCGGUUAGAAGUGCUAACACAAGUAACGUGUCGUCGCAGCCUACCCCAGCAUGGUCCAGUGACGAAAACGAUCGAAAACCUUCCUGGCAGCAGACCGGCGAGAGAAAACCGUCACGGCCGAGCCAGAGUCAUGUUCCAGCGUGGUACAAGGAUAUGCAGAAAGGAGUUGAGGUGCCAGUGCAGACGAUUGAAGAACCAGAGUCUUACAUUGUUCACAAGAAGCCAUCUUAUGCAAAUGUCGGCGAGGAGAGAAGAUUUCAGGAACCAGUCUNAAAAAAAACUUCUGUAGAAGAGUUAAGUAGAAGAGUUAAUCCAUGUUUACAGUAA